CUGCAGCUGGACCUGCCGCCGCUGGUGGUGGGGGACCUGGAGGCGGGCCCGCUGGAGGCUUGGCGGGCGGCGUCGGCGCUCUGGUGGCUGCGCUCGGAGGCCCCGUGGCGGAUGCUGCUGGCCCCGCGGCUGGCUGGCCGCCUGGAAGCGCAACGGCCCCUGUCGCGCUCGCGCCGGCUGCUCCUGGUGCUCUGGCCGUCCCGCCGCCGGCGCCCGCGGUGCUGCCACCUGCUGGCGGAGGAGCAGGCGCGCCGGCGGCCCAUGGCGUGGCCGCAGUGCCUGCG